CGGAUAGAAUUACCUGGAGGCCUUUACUUUGACACAUGUGCUUUAAAGGGACAUAGAAGUUGAAAGAAGAGUCCUGUUUUCUUGAGAUGCGCUCCACAAACAGGACUGUUUGCUCCUUUGUUCCUUUAGGAACUCUGCAUCCACUGAAAAACCAUCUCCAGCUUAUUUUCCUCAAAGUGACUGAAAUAUGCUGUUCCACAUUAGAACAUUUUUAUCUUAAAUUUGCAUAAAUUAUUUCCCAGGAAUAAGCCGACAGUUUUCUGACGGACACUGAUAUGUCUGUGAAGGUUCUCAGUCUUCCAGGGGGUUGAGCCAUAACACUGUGAGACAUUCCUUCAGCUACGUUUGAUGAUGACCCUCAGUUUACUUUUAUGCUUGAAGAAGUAAUGACGACAUCUCUGGUAAAAGGGUGAAACUCCUGCUAAAAUGAUUCAUUGGCUCCUCUGGAAUCUGCUGCAGGCUCUCGGUGGUCCUGCAGUCCAGACUGACAGACCUCCGGGAGCCUCACAGUCACAGUCAGUCGGCUGCUGUUGACCUCACUGACUUCCCCUCACAGCUCUGCAUGCUUCCUGCUGCCUGACAAAGCUGCAGUUUCCAUGUUUGUGUCUUCAGGCUGCAGGUCUUUGUGGAAGCUGCUUCACAUGCUCCUCUGAAGUUCUGCUCUUUUACCAACAGGUCUCAUCAUACAAAGCUGACACGUGACGUCAGCCUUUGGAUUCAGUGAAGAGGAAGAAGAGCAGCAGUGAAGUUCGUCCACAUCUGAUGAUCUGCUUUGGUUUUUAAAGCAAUACUUAGAUAGAAAUAUGGGGAGGGGGCAUUAUUUUAACCUGUAAACAGUGACUAAUGUAAUGACCUGCACUAUUCUAACUAACAAGCAAACAAUAUUUUGUUUCCCUGCAUGUUUAUGAGAGUGUGUGAAAUCUAUGAAAUACUUCCAAAGGAUUUGAUAAGACAGAAACAUUGACAUUUUUGACAGUUCUGUGGCUCCUGUUUGCGGGUCUGAUGCCAGGAGAAUGGAUUGAUGUGACUGAACCGAAGUGUGUCUUUGUUUGUCUGAGGACUCCAGAGUGGUCAUGUGUCCUGAACGCUGCUUAUGUGUCCGGUCCUUUUUAGACACUCGGUGUGAGACUUGGUGGGCGCUCGGCCGGAAUGUGCGCCUCCGUGUCAUAGGAGUCUGUCAUCCGGCUGAGCAGCUUUGCGCGCCAUCUCUGUCUGAACGACAGAGGAAGGCCGGCCGACUCCACCUCUGAUCAGACACAUGGAAGCUCCAACCAUGAAGGGUGAGCGCCAGCACGCCCGCCAGCACGCGCGCCAGCAGGAGGAAAGCAAAUAAACGGCGGCGAAGGACGCGAGGCUCCGUCAGAGGAAUCAGAUGUCUGUCGUCGUUCUCAGCAGCCCCGCAUCUCUCUGCGCAUCGAACCCGAACCCUGAGAUGGCCAUCAAGAGCGAAGAGGAGGACACGUGUAGAGGAGAUGCCCACACAACCUCCUCUGACCCGCUCUGGUCUUACCUCCCGCCAUGUGUCAAAAACCCUGAAGAUCACCUCAAUUCUGGAGGCAAAGAGGAGUGCGCCAUGACGCAGCAGCUCGACGCGUCCAAACGGGAGGAUUAUGAAGCGACACAACCUGAUGCGGGACUACAGAGUGGCGGGAAUAGUCUGAGCGGGAGGACUGAAUCAGAUGAUGAGGAGGAGGUUGUCAGUUUGGUACUUUCUGAUGACUCCGGCCAGUGCGUCACGGAGGACGAGUCCCACUACAUUACGACGCACGAGAUCGAGCUGUCGGAGCUGUCUGACCACGAAGGCGACUACGACCUCGGGGUGGGCUCCUCCACCAGCUGGGACAUCGAGGAUGACAGUCGGGUGUACUCCUUUGUGGAUUAUACUUUCGAUGGCGCUGGAGCGGCGGGGCUAAGUUCUGCGCGCGCUCGGGGCGCAUCAGCAGUAGUCAGCACUCUGCGUGAAAGCGAUCCGUCUGAGAAGUUCCCCAGCUCAGAUGAGAACAUAUGGAAGCCUCAGCAGCAGCAGCAGAUGAGCGGAGACAGCGCGGGACAGAUCUGCCUGUCAAUCAGAGCCACUUCACGAGCUAUAAAUGACCCCGGCAACAUUCAAGAACACGAAAACAUUCUUUAUCAUGCCAGGCGCUCCGGAGACAUGAGCCGUUAUGUGUUCAGAGGAGUGGAAGGGAAGGCAGAAACGCUGUGUGACAGAGCAAAGUGCUUUAUAGCCGCGCCGGGACGGAUGCACUUCGGCGGCAAAUUAAGGGGGAAGGAGGUCACAGAGUAUUCCAGCGGCACGUCCAGCGCUGUCAGUGAGCUGGACGAUGCUGACAAGGAGGUACGCAAUCUGACAGCCAGGGCCUUCAAGAGCCUGGCCUACCCUUACUUUGAUACCAUUAACUUCAGCACCUCCAGCGAGUCCUCUGCGUCAGAGCACGGCCGAGGCAGAAAUCGGUGGUCCACCUUUGUCGACCUGAAAUAUGGAAACGUCAACAUGUCACAGGGGCUUGACCCGAGUGUCUGUCAGAACUCAGCAGCCUCUUUUGAAAUAGCCAACAGUAUCGACAAUAGAGGUUAUAAAGGUCUGGCACUGGCACACAUCAAACCCCCCACCAGCAAGAUCUUCACUAUAAGUGGCAGCCCCCGCGGGGCCUCGUCAUCCACACAGAAGAUCCAGCUGAUGGGGAAGUUUGGUCAGAGCAGCAGUGGGCUCAUUAGACUGACAGAGACCCUGAAUUUCCGCUGUAAUGUCAAAGCAGGAAUGUCUGGGGGAGAAAGGCGCACUAACUUCGCGCAAAACCCUGCAGGAUCACGUUCCACAGAUGAGGUUACCAACACUUUGCUAAGGAGUCAGGACAGAGGGGCCAGCAAGCCACCCCUCAAUACCAUGGAAGACAUGCAGAAGAAGUCAGUGUUCGCGUCUAGCCUCAUUAAAAAUGUUCUUUCCAAAAAGAUGCAGUUUGAGCAGGAGCGGAAGAUGGAGCGCGGAGAGAUCAGUGAGCAGCAGCAGCAGCAGCCUUCCCCGCUCCAUGCGCACCAGGAGGGCCCGGACAGCCUCGAGGGGAAGGGGAGCCGGGAUCUGCGCAGUCACAGCUCCAGGCUGUCCGAGAGCAGCUCCGACUGCGCUCCCGCGUGCGUGGAACAGCUAGGGGACUUUGUGGACAGUGGCUCAUGUGAUACCAGGAGCAGCCACUCUUGGAGGAAAGAGUCGACCGCGCUCGCUCCAGAAACGAAUUUAGCGUCGGAGAAUGAAGCUGCUAUCGAUACUAAAAAAGGCGCACUGGGAGCGUCUAAAAGCACGCUGCUUCGCAGCCAAAAUAGCGCCUUCAGAUGCUGGAAGGACGGGGAGCUAGAGUUUCAAAAGGAUCAUAAAAACGAUCAAACUGUGCAGGACAGGUCGCCUUCAGCUGAUGAGGGGGGUCGGUGCGCAGCAGGCAGCAGCAAACUGACGAAAAUGUCUCAUUUGUUUGUUCCAAGUAUCCAGCUGCUGUCCAGCGAGGAGGAAGGCGGACCCCUGCAGCGCGGAGAUCCUUCUCAAAGUGGGGAUGACGCGGGGAUAACACGGCGCGCUGACAACACCUUCUACACCUCAGAGUCCAGGAGCUUGGCCACAUCCAAAUCUCCGGAAAUUAAAAUAAACCUGAGGAGCGUCAGAGACAAUAAAACUGAGCCUUUCGGAGUCUCCAAACUGCGCGCUCCUAAUUUAGACUCCAAGGCGCCGAGCCUCAGCAGAGCAGAUGACUUCAGAUGCCAAGCGCUGGCUGCAGCUUUGAAGGGUGAGUCUUCAGACAAAGUUCCACAUUUCAUGGUCAGAGACAUCCGGGAGAAUAAGGGGAAGUUACAAACACCAAUUCACCAAGUCAGAGAUGUGCGUAAAUUGGUCAAAAGUUCGUAUCACUUUGUUUCUUUGGAUAACAGCGAACAUAAGUCUGACAGUGAGCAAAGGAAGCACGCGCACCACAGAAAUCUCGACACUGUGUCCCCCAUAGUGAUAAAAUGUCAAUCUGUAAACACCAAUUACUCUGGGAAACAUUCUGGAAAUGUGGAACCAACCAGACAGGAGUCCUUUGACUCCGACAAAGUGACUCCGGGGGACGCUAAAAGUGAUCCACCGCAGAGAGCAGCGGGCACAGCACCAACAACGACCUGCAGCAGCUCCUCAGAGGAAACCCCUGCACUCAGAGCAGAGAGCGCACUGACACCAAAGAAGAAGGAAAAAGAUUCUGAUGUUGCAGACAAGAAGUCUAAACUCACUAAUCAAGGGGCUUUGGAAAAGCUCCAGGCUGCUGUGAAAACCAUGGAGCAGCUGUAUGUGUUUGAAAAAAAUGAAUGGAAGAGAAAGAGCGAGCCGGAGCGCCUGACAGACAGCCACGUGCUGUCACUCCUGGCCAGUGAGGAGCUGGGUGGAGAUGACGGCGAGGAGGUCAGAAGAGACUCCCAUCCCAGAACCGCAGCCUCCCCCGGCUCUGACGGUCCAGUCAGCAGAGAAGACGACUCGUGCAGGUGUCCUUAUCCAUCCAGCAGCCACGACCACUCACUGCUUUUUAAGUCACAUCAAGCAGUAAAUGUAACAGGCAGCAGAAACAGCAACAAUCGUAGUUCUAACUUCAAGUUCUGUGCAGCUCCAAACAUCCACCAGUCAAACAGCUUCACUCAAACCCCUUUCAGUGACAGAAACCUGCCCCCCAAGUCCCCCAAGCUGCCCCUCUCUUUAAAGAUUAGUCACAAAAAUGAGGCAGGAGAAGUGAAAGACGAGGAGAAGUUCCAUGUUUCAAGUGCAUUAUCUGAUAACUACUUAACUAUUCCAGUCAAAUCACACCUGAUGAAAAGCAAACAACCUCCACCUGCUGGCAAGACUCCCGGAUACACGUUUUCUACCCAACAGCCGAGUCCUCCACCGAAACAUCAGGGAUCCUGGAGCCAGGAGAGGUACACGGCACACUCCGGCCACGGGACAGAGACUCCUCCCGCUGCCGCUAUCUAUCACUCCAUCCCGCUGGGGAUGUCCAGCAGCCAGCCGCAGAUGUACUGCUUUUCACCCAUCAUGACCCCAGCUCCCACCCUGGAACCCUUUCAGGCCACUCAGAGGAAGAUGCUCCUGGACCCCACCACUGGAAACUACUAUCUGGUAGACACUCCUGUGCAACCGGCCACAAAACGCCUCUUUGACCCAGAAACAGGCCGAUAUGUGGACAUGCCCAUCCCACAGCCUCCCAUGACUCCUCUACCCAUGCCCAUCUCACCAAUGGCCCUCAGCCCUGGAGCGUACGGCCAGACCUACAUGAUCUACCCCAGCUUCAUGCCGGGGCCCGCGGUGAUCCCUUCCCGGGCGCUGGUGCACUCGCAGAUGUCGGUGCCAUCAGAGGCAGAGAGCAUGGAGAAGGCCUCGCAGCAGAAUGAAGGGGUGUACAUGGAGAGCCCCUUCUACAUGUCCACAGGAAAAUACCAUCAAGCAGCCUCAGGGACGCAGCAGCAGCAUGGCGCCGCUGCCAGCAGGCCUCAGCAAACGCCGUGUGCCGUCACACAGCCCAUUAUAAGUAUAACCUCCCAACAAGGACCCAGGAUCAUUGCCCCGCCCUCGUUUGACGGGACAACCAUGAGCUUUGUGGUGGAGCACAGAUGAACUGACAUGAAAUGGGAAAAAGCUGGACUCCUUCGGGUUUGGACUCCUUCGGGUUUGGACUCCUUGGGUUUGGACUCCUUCGUGUUUGGACUCCUUCGUGUUUGGACUCCUUCGGGUUUGGACUCCUCGGGUUUGGACUCCUUCAGGUUUGGACUCCUCGGGUUUGGACUCCUUGGGUUUGGACUCCUUCGUGUUUGGACUCCUCGGGUUUGGACUCCUUCGUGUUUGGACUCCUCGGGUUUGGACUACUCGGGUUUGGACUACUCGGGUUUGGACUCCUCGGGUUUGGACUCCUUCGUGUUUGGACUCCUCGGGUUUGGACUCCACAGGUCCACAGGUUUCCACCCGCAUUUUGGCUUUUUUCACGGUGCGACCCUCCUGCUGUCUCACCAACACACGUCAGUCAGUCAGUCAGUCAGUCAGUCAGUCAGUCAGUCAGUCAGUCAGUCAGUCAGUCGAACGUCUCCUCUGUUUGGAGCUUGAUCAUUGAAACAAUGGUAAGAAAAGAAACAGAAAUGUAAUUGUCUCUCUGCAGUAGUUUGAUGGUAUUUUGUAUAUUUUUGAAGUGACACAUUUUUGUUUGAAUUUGUUUCUGCUUUAAUAUGGUCUAAAGCACUGAAAAGUGUGACUGCUCCACUCCCUCACAUCCCUUCCUUCAGAUGAAGCUUUGCUGACAGCUCAGUGCCUCACUAUUUUAGAUUAAAAUCUGCAUUGUCUACACCAUUUUCAUUUUUUUGUGUUAUAAUUUUUGACACCAAACAGUGAGAGUUGUUUGUUGGUGUGUUUAAAACAGAAGGAUCUGCUGGACAGUCCAUCAAUUAUUUUUUAGCAAAAAAAAAAAAAAAAAAUCAAAACUGAUGACUUUCUUUAUAUGCUCAAACAUGAUUUUUAUAAACUGUGUUGACACAUUUAAGAAAAUGUUGCAAAUCUGUUGAAGUUGAAUGAGCCACAACGAAACUGAGUCACAUAGUUGUUGUGAGUUGUAGUCUUAAACAGUUUUGUCACAGAAGAUGCUUCGCUGUGGUCUUUGUGUCCAGUUUAUGGGAGUGUGUUGUUGUUCCAUGUGUGUGUUUGAGAAACACAACAUUGUUGCACGUGCUGAAGUUUGAGUGAAGUUGACUGGAUGGGAUUGUCUCCGUGUUUUAAGGGGCCAUACCCUGAUUUUCUUAAUCCUUUCAGAGUGAACUAUAUUCAUAUAUAUGAUCAUAUAUAUGUCUAUAUCCAUAUAUUACCUUUGAAACUCUAAGAAACAAAUUGUUUAUAAAAUAUUAGUCAUCUUUGUGAGUUUUUUCCUACCCGAAGUAAAACGACUGGAUUCCUGAAGCUCCGCCUGCUGCUGCGUGUGGGUGACGCCCACUUUGGGGUUCUUUAUAGAGGGGAAUGAACAGUGAAACACUCUUAGAAGCUCAACAAGUUGUUUUUUCAAAGUAUGGCCCCUUUAAUGUCAGAUCAGAUGUUGGUUCAAAAUCCUUUUCAGAAAUGUUGAACUCACAUUUCUUGAAAAACUAUUAUCUGUGAUGCUUUAAAAUUCCACUCAUAUUGAUCAACAUGCAACCAUACGGACAAAUGUCAUAUUUUAGUCGUAUGUUUAACUUGAUCAUAGAGGUGAGAGUGACUUCAGGUGAAUCUGUUUUUGUAACUCACUCCUCCUGUCUUCCUGUCCUGCUUGGAGCGCUGUAUCAUUUUACGGAUGUGUGUCAGCAGUGUUUGAAAGUGCAUGAUGAUUUUGUUCAUCUGGGCCAUGAUGUGAACUGUCUACUAUGCUCUGCUGUUGGUAAUCAGAUGGUUCUGUGUUUGAAGAUUUUCUUUCUUUUCUGGAAAACAGUUUGUGAGAGGAUAUGCAAGUAGGGUUGUCUUGAGAGAAACAAGGAUUAUUUUUAGAUUAUGGAAAGAAAGUGAGUGCACUGUGAAGAGAGCGCAGGGAUUUUAUUUGGAGCACAUCAAUAAACUGAUUAAAAAACUGUCUCACAUCUCUGAAGUUUCUUUAAAGUGAAAUCAAACAAAUUCAGAACACAGAGAGAAGACAAACUUGAAGAAGACUGGUUGGCUUUGCUUCC